AUGGAAUCGUUACCAAAUCGACGAAUCCUCCGCCCACGCCCUCCACCAAAAGGGUCUAAUAACAAUAAACCUGCUUCAUCCCAAAACCACCCCGAUCUCACCCCCUCACUCCCCGCAAUCAACCAAACCUCCUGCUUCCUCUUCACCGUCUUCCCACCCGAAAUCCGCAACCGGAUUUACACCUUCUCCCUCGAAUCCGAAGAUACCAGCACCACAAACGAAGACACGACCAACAGCUCUACUCCAAACACCCAUCUCUACCGCCAAAACGCCUUCUACUACCGACCAGGCUACAAACAACCAAAACGCAUCCAAACCGCCCUCCUCCAAACAUGCCAACAAAUCUACGAAGAAGCCUCCCUCCUCCCCGCCUCCAUAAACGAACACACAUUCUGGUUCUACCGCGCACCCCCACACGUCAAAGACGCUUCCUCGCCGCUGGACUAUUUCCAAAAAAUGACCGCCAAACAACGCGCCCAGGUCCGACACAUCCACCUCUUCACGCAACAGUACUUCCUGGAGGAUAACUGGUGGACGCGGAUUUGGGCGGGGACGUUGACGAAUACGGGACACCGGGGCAGCGAACGGGCACCUGCGUACCCUAUCGCUCCUAAAAAGCUGACGAUCACGUUCCGGCAUACGGAUUGGUGGUUUUGGGAGAAUAAUGAUCCUUUGGGUAUUGAUCCGUUCAGAUCGGGGCGUACGCGCGCGCAUGAAAUGGGGAGACCGAUGCGCGGUGUCGAUGAACAUGAGGUUAACCGGGCGUGGGGGAAUCAGUUUAUCGCUAUGCCUGGGUUGGAGGAAUUGGUGAUUGAAUUUGAAACUAUUAUGCGGAAGAGGGAUCAGCUCGAUGCUAUUAUCCAACGAGCGCUAUCGUGGAAAUUCCCGGUUCAAUUGGAGAAACGUUUGUAUCUUGUUGCGGAACCCACGUCGCGGAGUGCGUAUACUUGGGUUGGUGCUAAGGAGGGGGAUUUGAAAAGACAGCCUGGGAGAAUGACGAUUCCUAAUCCUCAUGCUAUUCCGGAGGAGGAGGAGGUUGUUGUUCCGGCUGUGCCGGUUUUGAGGCCUUUUGAUGCUGAAGCUGCUGGUGUUAGUAACGGUGUUGGUACGACAUCUGGUAGUCAGGCUGGGGCUGAUUCUAACACGGAGGAGUUUUAUGUGGUCUUUUUGACUUGGAAAAGGCAAGUGGUUGACCAGUGA